GAGCCUGCCAGCUGUAUAGCCUACACCGAGGAGAUGUACUAGAUCGUUUUUAAAAAGGGAGGAGCCUAUGAUAUUGUGUGCUGUUAUUGAAUAGCCUACUGUAGUAUUUCAACCUCUGACUCCGGGCUGGUUAGCAACUCAUUUGGCUCAUCUGUUGAUUCUCGACCUCGCCCAAAACAAUCGUUAAUAACGGUCAUCUUUGCAGCGUGUCUAUCCGGGGGACUGAGACAUGGAUGACGACUUUGAGAGGCGCCGGGAGAUGAGGAGGCAGAAGAGGGAGGAGAUGCGCCUGGAGGCUGAGAGGUUUAGCAAUGUGAGGAAUGAUGAUGAUGAUGAGGAGGCUGCACGUGAGAGAAGGCGAAGAGCUCGCCAGGAGAGACUCCGUGGCAAAGAGAUGGAUGAGAACUCCAGCACACCCGACACUACGGGCAUGAACAACAGUCAUAGUGUGUUAGAGGUGAGCUCCUCAGUGAGCGUGAGUGGAGGAGGAGGUGGUGGAGGAGGUGAGGAUGAGGAGCAGGCUCUGCUGGACCGCCUGGCCAAGCGGGAGGAGCGCCGUCUUCGCCGUCUCAAGGAGGCACAGGAGCGCCAGACCGACGUCACAGAGACCACCGUCACCACCGACAACAGCGUAGAGGAGCGGGCAUCCUUCCGCCGUGGCCGCUCCUACGAACCAGAGCCCGAGCCGGAAGAGCCCAAACAGGAGGAGAAAGAGGAGGAGGAGGAGGUUGUGGAGCAGGAGGAGGAGGAGCCGGCCAACCAGGCAGAGGAGGAAGAGAGGGAGGAGGAGGUGCAGAGAGAGGUGGAGAAACCCAGAAGAUCAUACAGACACCAGGAGGAAACUGAGAAGCCAGCAUUGCCAUCAGAGGAGAAAUCAGGUGAGGGAGGAGUCUCGGCCACACCCGAGGCAGAGGGGGAGGGACUAGCUGACACGCCCGGUGGGGCGGAGGAAGGGGAAGCCUUAGCCCCGCCCUCUGAGGUAGAUGCUCCGGAACCUUCUGUUGCCCAAAAUGGGGUAGCAGAACACAUGACUGAGAUGGAGGAGGGGAACGAUGAGGAAGAGAUUCCUGAAGGCGAUGAUGAUGAUGAUAAUGAGGGUUUGGUGAGCCAAGAGGAUGAGGAUGUGGGGAGGAAGAAGGAGUCGGCCUCUUGGGCCAAACAGCAGAAUGGUGGUCUCCAUGACGACAGCUCCACCAGGCACAAGAAGCCAGAGAGAACCACAAGCCGUGGCAGCCUGCGCUCGCCCGAGGCUCCACCCGCGUCGGCGGCGUCUGCCGAGGAGGAGGACGAGGCGCGCCUGGAGGCCGAGCGCAAGCUGGAGGAGCUGCGUCGGCGGCGCGACGAGACGGAGAGCGAGGAGUUUGAGCGCAUGAGGCAGAAGCAGGUGGAGGCCGAGGUGGAGCUGGAGGAGCUGAAGCGCAAGCGGGAGGAGCGCCGCAAGGUGCUGGAGGAGGAGGAGCGGCAACGCAAGCAGGAGGAGGAGGAGCGCAAGGCCCGCGAGGAGGAGGAGAAGAGGAAGAUGAAGGAGGAGAUUGAGCGGAGGAGAGCAGAGGCUGCCGAGAAGAGGCAGAAGGCCGAAGAGACGGACGAGGGAGAGGUCAAGGGCCCUUUCAAGUGCAUCAGUCCCAGAGGCUCCUCCCUCAAGAUUGGAGAGCGAGCUGAGUUUCUGAACAAGUCAGCACAGAAAAGUACUGCGAAAGCGGCUCACACCCCAGUGGUGUCCAAGAUUGACAACAGGUUGGAGCAGUACACCUCGGCAGCACAGUCUAACAGAGAGGCGCGCUCCCCUAGGCCCGGGGCCAUUGACCUGCCCGUGGUGACCGAUGGCAUCCGCAACAUUAAGAGCAUGUGGGAGAAGGGCAAUGUGUUCGGCUCCAACAGUGGAGCUGGAGCCACCAACAAGGAUGCAGCUGGGAUAAAGGUGGGUGUGGCCGGCCGCAUCAACGACUGGUUGAACAAAACUCCUGAGUCAGUCAAAACUCCUGGAGGAAGGCCAGUGGACCUGAAGCCGGGAGACGUGACUGGCAAACGCAGUUUAUGGGAAAACAUAGGCUCCUCCCCGGCCAAGGUGUCAGGCAGAGGAGAGAGUAAAUCAGUUGCUAAUGGAAUGGGACACUAGUGACACAAAGAAGCAACGAAGAAACUGCACGACCAUUCCCUUGUUAUUUUUUUUAUCCAGUGCAUUUUGUUUUUGUUUUUCCAUACCAAAAAAGAAAAGAGAAGAGAAGAGAAGGAGAGAAGCCUUUCUUAAAACAGCCCAAGGGUAUUGAAUGGAGAGGGAAGAAAAAGAGUAUAUAUAGUAGCACUGUAUUAACAGACCUCCACAAUAUGUGGUCACAUUUACGGUUUAGUACCCCCUUUGCACAGGUUUACUUUAUGGAAACUAUGCUGUGAAAUUUGGACACUUUGGAAUUAUGAUUUGAUAUAUAUAUUUUAUAUGAAACUUCCAACACAAAAAGAAUCAUGUCAAAAGGUAAAAUAAUCGUACGUACCGUACUUAUGUCAAGACAAUCACAACAAUAUCAACAACAAAAAAAUAAUAAUAAUGAUUUAAAAGGUUUUAUUUAGCACAUGCAUUUAAUCGGCCAGACUAUUGUCUUCUGGUCUCAGCUCUCUGGUUCACUCUUUUUUAUUUAAUUUAUAAUUAAAGCUUCACAUAUUGAUAUGUUAUUCAUGUUCACCUGUCCCGGAUAGCAAUAUGAGCACCCAUAGAGUAGCACAUUUUAACUUUCUUUAUCGUCUAAUCAUCACUUUGUAAUAGUGAAAACAACGGUCUGAAUAGUAGAAGAGAAACACAUACUGUAUGUUUUUUUUUUUUGUCAUGUCAACUAUUAUCUUUCUUGUAUCACAGCUUCUUUUGUCGUAUGCAAGCCUUGACGUUUGUUAUCGUAAGAAAGACAGUCAUACAGAUAUCAAAGCAGUUUUUUUUUUCUUUACAGAUAAUCAUUUUCAAUGCAGUGUUUGGUAUUAUUGUAACCUGAAAUCAGUAUGCUCAUUUUUUCAUUGUUAUGUACUUUUUAAUUAUUUUAUUUUAUUUGAAUAUUUCUUUUUGCGUUUGUUUUUCUCCUCUGGUUAAGCACCUCAGCUGUUUCCAAAAGCCUACACUUAGCUGACGAGUAGACAAUCCCGCAGGUGGCAAGAGAUUGGGGAGGGCAGGCCAAACAUACUGUCCACAGGGUCACUUCAAACCAAAGCCCAUUUUUUCACACCCAAAAUAGGUGCUCGGGACUAGAGAUGGGUCAGGUCUCUCUAGAGGCCCCCAGAGAGUGAGAGAGAGAGAGUGACAGUGGCAGGAAUUUUUAAACCACGGCACAGGGAAUCCAGCCUACUCAACUUAACCACCUCCGUGUGGGAAAGCAUUGUGAACCAGAGGAUUGAUAAAGAGCUCUUCCUUAGGCUACUUGAGACUGACCGAAUGGCUAUUCAGUGAGGCAGCUUGGCCCUACACUGCAGCAUCGUCCACUCACCACUCUCCACGUCCCUCAAGGGCCACAAAUGUCUACCCUGUAGUACAGUAGGCUAGAGUACAGUACUGUAAAUGGUCUUAACAAAUCAGUCCCACAUGGUCUGGUUGUUCAUAAAGACAAUCAUGUUGUACUGUUGGUCUCGAAGGUGUGACAGAUGUCACCCAAGACAGUGGUUAUAAUCGGUCUUAAGUCCUUCAUUAGAGGAAAACAAAGAAGGGAAAAUGUAGAUAAGAAUCAAGACAGAGGGGGAGAUUUAAAAAAAAAUGUGUUAGCCACCAAAAGUUAAAAUGCGGUUAGCUUUAGCAGCUAGAAGACGUCUGAUAGAAUUCUCCCAGGUUUCUCUUACAUAGGUUACCCGGGAGCAACUCGGAUCAAAAUGGACAUUUUGCAAUGAAUGAUUUCUGAUUUGUUUUGUUUUAUUUAAAAUAUGAAAAAACGUUAUGUGAUCAUAUGUGUAGACAGUUAAAGAUUAAGCAUUUUUCACUUUUUGUUUGACUUUUAUGAGGACAGAGACUAGGUCCAAGCCGUUGUCAUGGACCAGUGUUUCUUGUUUUUCUUUUGGCUUUUUUGUAACUGACGCAUCAACGGUAUCAUAUGAGGACUUGUCUGCAAAUGUGUAAUAUCUACUUUUAAAAGUUAUGAGUUUUUAAGGUUCAGUAAUGGACUACCAUGCGUUGCAUUUCAGGUUGGUUCAAUCAUUUAUCAUGACUCUUAAUUCAAGGGUGUCUGCGUCUUUUCCCUAACAAAUUAUAUUUAUGUAUUAAAUGUUUUUUUUUAUGGAUUUUGAUACUAUAUUUAGACAACCGUUCAGGAAAAUGACUACAUUCCAUCACUAUUUUCACUUUCUUUUUCAUGUUCUUGUCUUUCAUUGUGUCUAUGUUCACUCACUGCAUAGGUAACACUAUACAGGCGGCACCAUCAGUAGCUCAACUCAUUAUGUUUAUCCUAGCCAUUAGUUUCAUACAGAAUGAAUGUUUAACUCUUGUACCAUUGACCAACUGCAAUAAAGAGAUACAUGGAAAAAUA